AUGCCUCCAACCAUUGUUUAUGUCAUGCCUCCAACCAUUGUUUAUGUCACGCCUCCAACUAUUGUUUAUGUCACGCCUCCAACCAUUGUUUAUGUCACACCUCCAGCCAUUGUUUAUGUCACGCCUCCAACCAUUGUUUAUGUCAUGCCUCCAACCAUUGUUUAUGUCACGCCUCCAACCAUUGUUUAUGUCAUGCCUCCAACCAUUGUUUAUGUCAUGCCUCCAACCAUUGUUUAUGUCACGUCUCCAACCAUUGUUUAUGUUCCGCCUCCAACCAUUGUUUAUGUUCCGCCUCCAACCAUUGUUUAUGUUCCGCCUCCAACCAUUGUUUAUGUCACGCCUCCAACCAUUGUUUAUGUUCCGCCUCCAACCAUUGUUUAUGUUCCGCCUCCAACCAUUGUUUAUGUUCCGCCUCCAACCAUUGUUUAUGUCACGCCUCCAACCAUUGUUUAUGUCACGCCUCCAACCAUUGUUUAUGUCACGCCUCCAACCAUUGUUUAUGUCAUGCCUCCAACCAUUGUUUAUGUUCCGCCUCCAACCAUUGUUUAUGUCACGCCUCCAACCAUUGUUUAUGUCACGCCUCCAACCAUUGUUUAUGUCACGUCUCCAACCAUUGUUUAUGUCACGCCUCCAACCAUUGUUUAUGUUCCGCCUCCAACCAUUGUUUAUGUCACGUCUCCAACUAUUGUUUAUGUUCCGCCUCCAACCAUUGUUUAUGUCACGCCUCCAACCAUUGUUUAUGUCACGCCUCCAACCAUAAACCGUGGUUUAUGGUUGGAGGCGUUAUUGUAA